UGUGCCAUAUCUUGUAAAGCGAACUCAAACUCCGACUGCCCGACUGCUACAUGAGUUGAAGAAUUCGUUAAGAACUCGGUGAGCCUUCACUUAGUACUCUAUUUCGUUAAUUUAAAUACAUAUCUACUUACAUGAAACAAACCAAAUUCAUGGAAAUCAAUUUACAUUUAAAUCUUCACUCAAUCAUCUUCUCGUCUCGCUGAAAUGUUAUCGAGUUCCAUAACCAGAGUGCAAACUGAAGACGAUGAUGAUGUGAGGCCCAAUGUCUGUACUCAUUGUCGAUUAGUACGAGAGCCUGGCAUACAUUUACACAGCUAUGCGCAACGAUAUACGGAUAUUCCACGGCUAAUACGAUUGAAGUUUAUAGCACAAGUGUGCCCCAAAUUACGAGUGUCAGCCCUGGAAUUGGCCAUAGACCAUGUGAAGACCACAUAUAAUGUUAAACUCUAUGAAGAACUCUACAACACGCUGAGUCUUGAGGUGGGUAGAAGCGUUCAGCCAAAUCAGGCAGAAGAUAAACAACAUGAUGAAGAACUGGCCAGAGAAGAGGAAUUUGAAGAAGCUGCGGGCUGUUCGCAUACAAAACACCGUUUGGCUACUUCUGCGAACUCCAGCAAUAUUAGCCUCACAUAUGAUGCCUAUUGGGUGGAGGAUAAUACAAUGGAGGCUACUUUAUUACUACAGGAACUCGAUGCUGAGUUAAAUUUCAAGAAAUCGAAUUCAGGUAGUACUUAUGUGCGCCGCAUUCUUGAGGAAAUUGGUGACUAUCAUGUGAAAAGUGGCAACCUGCAAAUGGCCGUAAAGUUUUAUGCUCGCGCCCGUCCAUAUUGCACUAGUUCUGACAAUGUCAUCAAUAUGUUUCGGAAUCUGAUCAGAGUCUCCAUUUAUAUGGCAAAUUGGUGGCAUGUCCUUACCUACAUAGAUGAGGCCAAACAAUAUGCCUUUGGAUAUGAGAAUCUCUCACAAGAAGUGCCAAAUCGCUUGAAUUGUGCCGCCGGAUUGGCAAACAUGGGCUUGAAAAUCUAUAAAACUGCAGCUCAUUGUUUUCUAUUGACACCCUUCGGUCGUUAUGAUUAUGACAAAAUAGUAGCUCCCGAGGAUUUGGCCUACUAUGCUGGUCUAUGUGCCUUGGCCACUUUGGAACUGGAUAUGCUGCAAUUGGGUGCCAUCAAUGCGGAGCCUUUUAAGCCCUUCUUUGACUUGGCACCCAAAAUGUGGUCCAUUUUGGCUAAAUUCUAUGAGGGAAACUUUGAUUAUUGUUUGAUGCUUCUCCAUGAAAUCGAGAAUUAUGUCAGACUGGAUGUUUAUCUGGCUCCACAUGUCGAUACACUUUACUCCAUGAUCUCAGUCAGAAUCAAGGAGAGGCGAUCCUUGAAACUUACAAAAAUCUAGUUUAAGCUUUGAGCAAAUAGGAGUACGAAAUGUUGGCAACAAAAUGCAUCUAAUUUUGGUCAAAAUAGAAUAAUAAAUUUAUCUUUGUAUCAAA